AUGUAUGUUUUCACGCUACAGAACAGGAGGGGAGGCGUGCGCGUGGUCUGCUUGAAGUAUCCGAUCAUCUCAGGUUAUCUUCUCCCCGCCCCCAAGCGUUUUAAACUGCCAUUGCCACCCUCGUGUGCAUUUUCCUGGUUCCUUCUCGUGAGAGCUCCGAACUUCUGUGGGGUGACCUUCGCUCUCAAGGCUUCCAAAACCGGCAGCCCAAACGGCAGUGCCUUUCCCUCCCAGACAUCAGACCCGCCCCUGGAGUCUUCUUCUGCAGAGUCCUUUUCUGAACACGACCUGCGCCACUGGCGUGGAAAAAAGCGUUCCCCAUUGGCCUCAGGGCACACGGUGAAUGAGGGGUCCUUUUGCUUUGUUCUCACCUCUCCUUUGGACCCACCCUUCCACCCCAGCCCCCCAGUUCUAGCUGACCAGGUGCUUUUUCUAGGUCCAAAUGCAGGAAGGGAGAGUCUUUCUGAAAGCCCGUCUCUGGAGGGGAGUCCAUCCACUCUCCCUAACCCCCAGUCCAGGGACUCCAGACAGACCUGGCGGAUGCUAGGUAACCAAGUACAGCCUUGGCUGGCCUCUUUUUGCUUGCCAACUCUAAGCUCAUUCCCAGAAACCUCCAAGACCUCUGGGAUCUCCAGUCACUGUCUACUGUGUCCUUUUUUUUUUUUUUUAGAAAUUUCUCCACACCAGCCUCCUCCACCUCUUAGGCCCAGGGCUCCAGCAUACAUCCCAGAGAUGGCCGGCCCACCCGCCACGGCUGGAGUCACCAUAAACUUUGUGCCAACCUUGCCUGGGAGCCGCCCACCUGAGAGAAGGAUGCUUGGGCAGGUCAUAGAGCCGCCCAGGACUGCUAUGGGGCGUGGGGGCUGA